GUUUUGGACGCGGGAGAGAUCAUAGAGUUUGGCGAACCGUUUGUUUUAUUGCAACAAAAGGGAAAGUUGUAUGACAUGUGCCGCAAGACUGGCGAACAUAUGUUCAAUCAUUUACUAAAUAUGGCUAAAGAGACACAUCUUAAGAGAUUUAAUACCACACAAGUCGACGACGAAGACAUGGGACAGGGUCGCGAUUCUAUAAACCGCAUUCCUUAUAAAGGAAUUGUGGUCGAAAAUAAUUAG